GAAGUAGUGUGCGCAUUCUCAAUGAACAAUACCUAAGUAAAUUCCCCCCCAAAUAACUACUUCACACCCAAAAUUGAACGAGCUCAAUACUUACUAAUUUGUUUUAGAAAAUUAUGAAGGAUAACAAUUGUUCAUCUCACUGUCGUUGUAUAUGCCAAUCCGAUACUGACGUCAACAGUAAGAAUGGUACAGUUACUAACGGUAAAACGCUGCUAGCUACAAACUACACGUUUGUUAAAUUAAAACCAAAUACUAUAACAGAUAUCUACAUAAAUUGUAUGUUGUUAACAUGUAUUUUAAUAACUAUCUUUGUAUGUUCUCGACCAUUUACAGAACAUUUUAUAAUACGUUUAGUAUUUGGUGAAUCUUUAAAUUAUUGUAAUUAUACAUACAUACCUUCAAAAUAUAACUAUCGUCGACCAUAUAAAAUUUACAAUUAA